AUGAGACACCAAGUUCGUCUCGUAGUUGGAGACUGGGAAAGAGGCGCGCAAGGCGCAUGGAGGUUCAACGUGGAUAAAACCAUGGUAAGAGGUGACGUGGAGCUGAAGGAGAACGAAAGCUUCAUCUCACUUCUUGGUAUGGUGAGGGAAAAGUUCAACGUAGACUACCUGUACGGAGUAAACGCUCAUGUGCUGCUGACUUACCACUACCCAGACCUUGAAACAGAGCCUGAGGACUACUCAGCACCACCCAUCGAAAUAAACGAGGACGAAGAUGUGGCUGUGUUCAUGGCGGUUAGGGUGGACAAUGUGUGGCAGGAGAUGUAUGUGACAUUGGGUGGACAGGAUGUUUACAACUACCGGAGGCAGAGGAAUGUUGAAGAUGGAAUAACUGCUGCUGAACAACCACUUCCAGCCAGCGGUUUAGUUAGUAUCGAAGGAGAUGUAUGUGACAUUGGGUGGACAGGAUGUUUACAACUACCGGAGGCAGAGGAAUGUUGA